AUGGACGACCUCGGAGAGCAGGCGACCGCCGCUGACUCGCGGGGGGUGGCGCCGCCCCCUGCGGUCACGGCCCCCGCAGCGGAGGCAGGGCUAGCGAGCGGCGCUGCGUGGGGCGAGUUCGACAUGGACGACCUCGGAGAGCAGCCUCCCACCGCCAAUUCACAGAAAAGGACGCCGCCAGCUGCAGCAGCGGAGACACAGCAAGCAAGUGGUGCUGCGUGGGACGCGUUUGACAUAGACGACCUCGGAGAGCAGCCCCCUCCCGCUUGCUCGCGAAAGGUGACGCCGCCAGCUGCGCUCGCGGCCACUGCAGCGGAGGCAGAGCCUUCUAGUGGUGCCGAGUGGGACGAAUUCGACAUAGGCGACCUCGCAGAACAGCCUGCCCCCGCUGGCGUGCCAGACGUGACGCCGCCAGCUGCUUCUACGACCGCAGCAGCUGCGACACUGCCAGCGAGUGGUGCUGCGUCAGACGAGUUCGACAUGGACGACCUCGCAGAACAGCCUCCCGCCGCCGGUUCGCAGGAAGUGACUACGCCAGCUGCUGCAGCGGAAGUACAGCCAGCGAGUGAUGCCGCGUGGGACGAGUUCGACAUAGACGAUUUCGCAGAACAGCCGCCCCCCGCUGGUGUGCCAGAGGUGAUUCCGUCAGCUGCUUCUACGCCCGCCGCAGCGGUGACGCAGCCAGCGAGUGGUGCUGGGUCAGACGAGUUCGACAUAGACGACCUCGGAGAGCAGGCACCUCCCGCUCGCUCUCGGAAGGCGAUGCCGCCAGCUGCGUUCGCGGCCACUUCAGCGGAGGCAGAGCCUGCUAGUGGUGCUGAGUGGGACGAGUUCGAUAUAGACGACCUCGGCGAGCAGCCUCCCCCCGCUGGCGUGCCAGAGGUAACGCCGCCAGCUGCUUCUACGCCCGCUGCAGCGGAGAUACAGCCAGCGAGUGGUGCUGCGUCAGACGAGUUCGACAUGGACGACCUCGGAGAGCAGCCUCCUUCCCCCGCUCGCUCGCGAAAGGCGACGCCGCCAGCUGCGUUCGCGGCCUCUGCAGCGGGAGGAGAGCCUGCUAGUGGUGCUGAGUGGGACGAGUUCGACAUAGAUGACCUCGGAGAGCAGCCUCCCCCCGCUUGCGUGCUGGAGGCAGAGGGCAUGAUGACUGCCACCAUCCCCGUCCCCGCCGCAGGCUCGCGGGAGCUGGCACCGCCCCCUACGAUCACCACCCCCGCAGCGGGGGCAGAUCUAGCGAGCGGCGCUGCAUGGGGCGAGUUCGACAUGGACGACCUUGGAGAGAAGCCUCCCACGGCUGGGUUGCGGGAGGCAGAGGACAUGGUGGCCGCCACCACCCCCGUCAUCGACGACGUUGCGGCACAGCCAGCAUCGGCGAAGAAUCCGAGGGAAGAGGCGUGGGAUGGCGACAUCGAUUUCGACGAUCUCGACGUUCUCGGAGAGCUCAACGGGGGGCACGCCGUAUCGGCCGAGCCUAGCUCUGGGGGGACCGCACCUGGAACGACGGCUGCGCCAGUAGAGGAGGAGCCCCAGACGCAGAAGGCGCCCGCUGGUGAGUUCAGACAGGAGGCGCAGGACACGGCUUUGGACGACUUCGACCUCGAGGUCGAUCCACAAGUCGGUGGCGCUAGUGUCACGGCGCUGCCUGUUGAGGAGGCGGCCGAGGUGGUGCCGCCGCCCUCGGUCACGGCCACCGCAGCGGAGGCAGAGUUGGCGAGUGGCGCUGGGUGGGGGGACGAUUUCGAUUUGGACGACCUCGGAGAGCAGACUCCCCUUGCGGGCUCGCGAGAGGCAGAGAGUAGGGCGGUUGCCCCCGCUUCUGUCAUCGCAGAUGUCGUGGCACAGCCAGCGUCUGAAAGGAGCCCUUUGCAGGCGACCUGGGAUGGCGACUUCGACCUCGACGGUCUCGACGAGCUCGACGGGGGGCUGGCCGUGCCGGCAGAGCCUGGCGCUGAGGGAGGCGAACUUGCAAAGCGGGCCGUGCCGGCAGAGGUGCCUACGCUGGAGGCUGCCAACAACGAUUGUUGGGGCGAUUUUGACGACGACGUCAGCGUGCAGGAGGAGCCCCAGACUCAGACUCAGUCCACGCAGCAUUCACCUGCCGAUGACCCGAGGCAGGAAGCGGCGGACGCGGCCUGGGACGAUUUCGAAAUCGAGAUCAGUGCCCAGGCAGGUGGUGCUGAGGCACAGAGGGCGGCUUCAGAAGUGGAGACCGGCAGGGCGACAGGGGACGCAGGUGGGCACCACGCCUAUGCGGAGACCAGCCCCCAGAGCACGGCCACAGGCGCCUCCGCGGCUGCGCGGGCUGCACACACCGCACCUGCCGAGGAGCAGCAGGAGCUGAGGGCCGGAGCGGGCGGGGGCGACUUCGACGCCGAGAUCAGUCCACGGGGCGGUGGUGCCAGUGCUCAGGCUCCAGCGGUGGAGGGGGAGCGUACGAGGCAGGAGAGCGAGGCGGGCUGGAGCGACUUCGGCGACGAGGUCAGUCCGCACUUCGACGUCGACAUCAAUCUGCAAGAUACUGGCGCGGCUGCUCAGGCACCGCCGAUUGAUGACGAGGCAGACACGAAGCAGGCAUCCGAGGUAGGCUGGGACGAAUUGCACGUCGAGAUCGAGCCACAGGCCAGCGAUGUUGGUGAUGUGGCCCCGCCGAUUGGUCAUGACAGGCAGCCAGGGAUUGAGGCGGUCGCAGCCAGUGGCGCUAGUGGUGCUGAGGCCCCGCCGGCUGAUGAGGAAGAGGGCAGGAGGCAGAAGGCCGAAGCGGACUCCGAUGGUGUCGACGUUGAGGCCGGUCUCCAGGUCGGUUGCGCUAGUGUCUCGACCCCGCCAGUCGAGGAUGGAAGGGGGCAGACAGCCGAGGCGUCUUGGGGUGACCUGGACGUCGAGAUUACGUCCCUGCCCAGUGGUGCUGGUGCUACGGGCCCGCCGGUUGAUGAGGAGGGCACUGCACAAUCGGGCGAGGCGGGCACGGACAACGUCGACGUCGAGAUCAGUCCGCAGGCCCGUGCUGCUGGCGCCACCCAAGCGGCCCCCUUCUUUGAGGAUCACUGGAGGCAGGGGGCUGAGACGGGCCGGGGUAAUGUCGACGUCGAGAUCGGUCCGCAGGCUGGUGGCGCGAGCGCUGCGGCCCCGCCUGUUGAAGAGCAUGGUGCGAGGGAGGCAGCCACUGCCAGGAUGCCCGAGCACGCGCCCAGAUCGUCUCCGGAGAGCGGCCGCGAGGACUUCGACGCCGACGGCAGCCUCGCGCCGCCAGAGCCUGCUGGAGUGCCUGCGCGGCUCGGCCGAGCACCUGAGUCUACAGGGGCGGAGGGUGCUGCCGCGGACCUGGGCCCCGGUCGCCCCGGGGAAGGCUCUGCCAGCCGGGAGGCGGCGCAGAUGGACCCGACCCGCCUGGCCGAGAGCGUGUUGGUGCUUGGCACCAGCGACGAUGAUGGCUGGGACGCGGUCGACGUCGGCCUCGCGCCCACGCCCUCCGACAGCUCCAGCGAGGCGUCGCCGGGCGCGGCGGGCCUGUCGCCGCGGGCCGCCGAGGCCGUGCGCCGGUCGGCCGGGCGCCUGCUGCGGGCGACGGGCGGCCAGGGGCGGGGGUCGGCGGCGUGCGUCGCGCUCUGCCGCCGGCUGCUGGACCUGUGCGAGGAGCCAGCGCGAGCUUACGGCCUCGACGACUGCCCCGAGACGGAGCCCGACGCCGUGGCGCGACGGAGGGGCGCGCCGCUGAUGGAGGAAGUCCUCCGCUGCGCCGACGGCGACCCAGAGGUGUUGCCAGAGCUCCUCGCUGCCCUGGCGGGAGUGCGCCCUCUGGCCGAGGAGGGCGUCGGCCCCUCCGCCGUGGCACUGCACGCCGCGAGACGGGAGCUGCCCCGGAGCGAGCGCCCCUGCGACCAGCUCGCGGCGCUGACGCUGUGGCUGCCGCCAGAGGACGCGGUGGCCUUGCUGUGCGAGGUGGUGAACGCCGAGGGUACGGCGCGAAACAUCAGCAGCAGCAGGCGCCUGGAGGUAGUGAGCCACCUGCGCGCUUCGUGCGAGGCGCACCUGGAGGCCUGCGAGGCGCGCCCGCAGGACCGCGCGCAGUGGGCGCGGCUGCAGACGGCGCUGCACAUGGCGGAAGAGCUGGGCGUCGUCCGGGCCGUGCUGGGCAGCAGCGGCUGCGCCGAGGCCGCGCGACACGCCCCGCUGCUGGACCCCGCGGAGGCCCCAGACGAUGCCCGGGCGCGCUGGCUCGAUGCCGUCCGCGAGGCGGCGGGGGGCGGCGCCAGGGGCGCUGUGCUCGCGCGGUGCGCCGAAGACGCCCUCCGAGGCCGUGAGCGGCAGGGCAGUGGCGGUGCGGAGUGA